UUCGGACGCAAACCCCCCGCAUCUGGCUGUCACACAACGCCGCUGCCGCUGCCGCUCCCGCUCCCGACCGGUGCCGCGGCAUGCCCAUAUUCUCCCCGUGGACUCUGACCGGAGCAGCACUAUGUCCGAGGUGCGGAAAUUCACAAAGAGGCUGAGCAAGCCCGGGACGGCCGCGGAAGUCAGGCAGAGCGUGUCGGAGGCUGUGAGGAGCACCGUGGACCUUGUGGAGCAGCCAAAGAUUAUCGAGCCACUGGACUAUGAGGCUGUGGUGUUUCAGAGAAAGGCCCAGAUCCACAGUGACCCCCACAGAGACCUGCUGCUCUGCCCUGUCGACGAUGUCUCGGAGUCCCAGAUCUCCCGGCAGAGGAGGACUGUUGUUCCCUCGGUGCCCCAGAAUGCUGAGCGGGAGGCCAGGAGUCUGUUUGCAAAAGAGUGCAUCAAGAUGUACAACACCGACUGGCAUGUAAUCAACUACAAAUAUGAGGCUUACUCUGGUGACUUCCGCAUGUUGCCAAGCAAAGGCCUGAAGACAGACAAGCUGCCAGCUCACGUGUUUGAGAUCGAUGAAGACACCAAAGACGAGGACUCAUCAUCGCUGUGCUCCCAGAGGGGAGGCAUCAUGAAGCAGGGCUGGCUACAGAAAGCCAACAUCAACAGCAGUCUGUCUGUCUCCAUGAGGGUUUUCAAAAGGAGGUACUUCUACUUGUCCCAGCUCCCCGACGGCUCCUACAUCCUCAACUCCUACAAGGACGAGAAGAACUGCAAAGAAACCAAAGGCUCCAUCUACCUGGACUCAUGCAUAGACGUCAUUCAGAGUCCUAAGAUGCGCCGUAAUGGCUUCGAACUGAAAAUGCAAGACCGGUACAGCCACUUCCUGGCUGCAGACAGCGAGGCAGAGAUGGAGGACUGGGUGGCCACACUGAAACAGGCUUUGCAGAGCAGCAGUGAGGCCGGCCAGGACAGAAGGAACGGCGCAGAGUCACUGGACUGUGCCUUGGAUGACGACACUGCCAGCCAAGGUAAAGGCGAGAGCCUGCUGGAGAGUCUGGGGAGGAGCUUACACCCUGAACUUAUAAAGUACGCCAGGGAGACAGACCAGCUCAAUAAGAUCAACAGGAAUGAAGGCAGACAAAAGCUUUUCUCUCUGGAUCCUGAGACGCAGAGGCUGGACUUCUCAGGCAUUGAGCCGGACGUGAAGCCAUUCGAGGAGCGCUUUGGCCGACGCAUCGUGGUCAGCUGCCACGACCUGACCUUCAGUCUUCAGGGCUGCGUUAGUGAGAAGGGGGACAGCGUCCUCACCAAUGUGGAGCCGUUCUUCAUCAGCCUCGCUCUCUUCGACGUAUCCAAGAGCUGCAAGAUCUCCGCCGACUUCCACGUCGACCUCAACCCGCCCUGUGUCAGGGAGAUGCUGACCGACGCCUCGGGCCAGCUCUCUCCUUCACUGGACGCAGACGGUGGAGGAGGCGGAGGGGCUGGAGGAGUAAUGGUGAAUGGAGACUCUGGGAAGGGGAACGGCCUGUCUGUUCUUCAGAGGGUGUCGGAGGCUCUGCUGCGCUUCCCUACGCAGGGGAUCUUUUCUGUAACCAACCCUCAUGCAGAUAUCUUCCUGGUGGCCCGCGUGGAGAAGGUGUUACAGAACGGCAUCACCCACUGUGCCGAGCCCUACAUCAAGACAUCAGACAUCAACAAGACUGCUCAGAAGGUGCUCAAAGCUGCCAAGCAGACAUGCCAGCGCUUGGGCCAGUACAGGAUGCCAUUUGCCUGGGCUGCCAAGCAGGUGUUCAAAGACGCUCAGGGCAGCCUGGACAUGGACGGGAAGUUUUCUCCUCUCUACCGCCAGGACAGCAGCAAAAUCUCCACCGAUGACAUCAUCAAGCUGCUGGCCGACAUCAGGAAACCUGAGAAGAGCAAACUUCAGACGAUCCCUGGACAGCUGAAUGUCACCAUUGAGUGUGUCCCACCUGACUUCUCCAAUACGGGGACGUCCUCUUACAUUCCCGUCAAGCCCUUCGAGGAUGGCUGUGAGCGGGUGUCGGUGGAGAUCGAAGAGUUCCUCCCUGAGGAGGCCAAGUUCAACUACCCCUUCACCACCUACAAGAACCAACUCUACAUCUACCCCCUGCAGCUCAAAUACGACAACCAGAAGACCUUCACCAAGGCAAGGAACAUUGCAGUCUGCAUCCAGUUCAAAGACUCAGAUGAAGAAGGUGCAGUCCCUUUAAAGUGCAUCUACGGCAAGCCGGGAGACUCACUCUUCACCAGCAGCACUAAUGCGGCCGUCCUGCACCACAAUCAGAGUCCGGACUUCUACGACGAGGUAAAGAUUGAGCUGCCGGUCCAUGUGCAUGAGAAACACCACAUCCUCUUCACCUUUUACCACAUCAGCUGUGAGUCCAGCAGCAAGGCCAGCAGCAAGAAGAGGGAGGGAGUGGAGUCACUGGUGGGUUACUCCUGGCUGCCUUUGUUAAAAGACGGGAGGAUGCAGUCGUUAGAACUUCAGCUAUCUGUCGCCGCCACCCUGCACGCUGGAUACCUUUGUCAGGACACCAGGAAGUCCCAACCAGACAUCAAGUGGGUGGAAAAUGCCAAGACACUGUUCAAAGUGAGGACUCAUGUAGCAUCAACAAUAUAUGCUCAGGACCUGCAUCUACACAAAUUCUUCCAGCACUGCCAGCUGAUGAGGACGACAUCAGAGGGCAACCCGGCGGAACUUAUCAAAUACCUGAAGUGCCUGCAUGCCAUGGAGACUCAUGUCAUCAUCAACUUCCUACCAACAGUGCUGAUGCAGCUGUUCGAGGUGCUCACGGCAGCCAAUAAAGAAGCCCACGAGAUUGCCGUCAACUCUCUGCGUGUGAUCAUACACAUAGUCUCCAGAUGUCACGAGGAGGGACUGGAACACUACCUGCGCUCAUUCGUCAAGUACGUGUUUGUGACCAACAACCCUGCAUCAGGAAACUCAGCGACCACUCACGAGGUGCUGGCCACCGCGGUCACAGCCAUCCUCAAGCAAACCGCGGACUUCAACACCAGCAAUAAACUGCUCAAGUACUCCUGGUUCUUUUUUGAAACCAUGGCCAAAUCCAUGGCCCAGUAUCUGCAAGAGGGCAACCGCAUGAAGAUGCCGCGGGCCCAGCGCUUCCCGUACAGUUUCCACCAGGCGCUCCAGUCACUGGUGUUGUCAGUCAUGCCACAUAUCACCAUCCGCCACAUGGAAAUCCCGGAGGAAGCUCGCUGCAUCAACCUGAGCCUGGCCAGUUUCAUCAAGAGGUGCCUGACCUUCAUGAACAGGGGCUUUGCCUUCGGCCUGGUCAAUCACUACAUGUGUCAUUUCAGUCUCAAAGAUCCCAAGGUGCUGACUGAAAUGAAAUUUGACUUCCUGAUGACAGUGUGUAACCACGAGCACUUCAUCCCCCUCAACCUGCCCAUGGCUUUUGGGCGCACCAGGCUGCAGAGGGUCCAAGAUUUUAUUCCGUAUGCGACGGAGCUUUUUGGCCCUGUAGAGCAGAGUCUUGAGUUCAGCCUGACGGAGGAAUACUGCCGCAACCAUUUCCUGGUGGGUCUGCUGCUGAGAGAAGUGGCCGAGGCCUUGCAGCAAGGGCCCGAGGUCAGACAGCUGGCCGUGAGCGUUCUCAAGAAUCUUCUUAUUAAACACGCCAUGGAUGACCGCUACACAACAUUCAAGAACCAGCAGGCCAGGAUCUGUUUGCUCUACCUGCCGCUUUUCGAGCUGCUCUACCAGAACUUGAAGCAGCUGUCUGCCCAGCCACACAACUCCAGCCCCGGGCUUGGCCUAAACGGCUCCAGAGAUGACCUGAUAUCAACCGGUUCCACAGACAGCAGGCGAAUCAGCACUGCAAUUGAGAAAGACCAUGGUCUGCCAGCUCAGAAUGGCCAUGUUGUGAGGAGAGAGGACUCCAGAAGCUCUCUGUUCAUGGACGCCGGAACACCGGACAGCAUCGAGCUGCAGAGACGUGGCUCCACCAUGAGCAGCAGCCACAUGCCUCCCGUCGGCAGACUGGGACAGUAUGAAAUCAAAGGCCUUCUGCUCUCUUUCCUGCACAUUGUCAAGACCUUGUCAGAGGACACCGUAAUGGCGUACUGGAACAAAGUCAGCCCCCAAGACAUCAUGAACUUCCUCAGUUUGCUAGAGACCUGCCUGGUUCAGUUCCGUUAUAUUGGAAAGAGGAGCAUUAGCCGGAGUCAGGAGGUCUGUGUGUCGAAGCUCUUCUCCUCAGACAGGAAGUCUCAGACGAUGCCUCCCAUGCGCUGCAACCGAGCCAGUCUCAUGCAGACCAAGAUACACCAGUUCAGUACCAUGGAAGCAUCCCUCACGCUCAAUAUAGGGACUGGGCCAUCAGAAGCAGAAAUCCACCAUCAGGCUCUUCUGGAAGGAAAUAUCUCCACUGAGGUCUGCCUGAGUGUCCUGGAUGUCCUGUCUAUUUUCACUCAGUGCUUCAAGACCCAGCUGCUGGACAGCGAAGGUCACAACCCCCUGAUGAAGAAGGUGUUUGAUGUUUACCUGACCUUCCUCAAAGUUGGCCAAUCGGAAGCUGCCCUCAGACAUGUGUUCGCCGCGCUCAGGGCUUUCAUCAACAAGUUCCCGGCGGUGCUGUUCAAGGGCCGCGUGACGCUCUGCGAGGCUCUGUGCUGCGAGGUGCUCAAGUGCUGCGUCUCCAAGCUGGGCUCUCUGAGGGCCGAGGCGUCUGCCCUGCUCUACCUGCUGAUGAGAAACAACUACGAGUACACCAAGAGAAAGACCUUCCUGCGCACGCACCUGCAGAUUAUCAUUGCAGUAAGCCAUCUGAUCUCCGACGUGGCGCUGACUGGCAGCUCACGCUUCCAGGAGUCCCUCUCCAUCAUCAACAACUUUGCAAACAGUGACAAGGCCAUGAAGUCCACGGCAUUCCCCUCGGAAGUGAAGGGUCUUACCAAGCGGAUCCGUACAGUGCUGAUGGCCACGGCCCAGAUGAGAGAGCACGAGAAAGACCCAGAGAUGCUGCUGGACCUCCAGUACAGUCUGGCCCGGUCCUACGCCAGCACCCCAGAACUGCGACGGACCUGGCUGGACAGCAUGGCCCGAGCACACCUCAAGAACGGAGAUCUCUCUGAGGUGGCCAUGUGUUACGUUCAUGUGGCUGCACUGGUUGCAGAAUACCUGCACAGGAAAAAGUUGUUCCCCAGUGGCCUUGCCGCAUUUAAGAAGAUCACCUUGAAUAUCGAUGAGGAGGCUGCCAUGAAGGAAGACACCGGAAUGCAAGAUGUCUAUUACACUGAGGAAGUCCUGGUGGAACACCUUGAGGUCUGUGUGGAGGCACUGUGGAAAGCCGAACGCUAUGAGCUCAUCACGCACAUUGCCAAACUCAUUAUCCCCAUUUAUGAGAAGCGUCACGAAUAUGAGAAACUAAGCCGACUGUACGACACCCUGCACCGAGCCUACAAUAAGAUAAUGGAGGUGAUACAGUCAGGCCGCAGGCUGCUUGGGACAUACUUCAGGGUGGCUUUUUAUGGACAGGGCUUCUUUGAGGAAGAGGACGGGAAGGAAUACAUUUACAAAGAGCCCAAGCUCACUGGCCUAUCCGAAAUCUCUCACCGGCUGCUGACACUCUAUGGUGACAAGUUUGGGCCGGAAAACGUCAAGAUAAUUCAGGACUCAAACAAGGUAAACCCCAAAGACCUGGACCACAAGUUCGCCUACGUCCAGGUGACAUUUGUCAAGCCGUACUUUGAGGAGAAGGAUGCGCCCGAGAAGAAAACUGACUUUGAGAAGUGCCACAACAUCAAUCGCUUCGUGUUUGAGACGCCGUACACGCUGUCGGGGAAGAAACAUGGCGGCGUGGAAGAGCAGUGCAAGAGGAGGAUUGUGCUCACAACUGCCAACGCCUUCCCCUACGUGAAGAAGCGCGUGGAGGUGGUGGGGGAGAAGCAGGUGGAGCUUAAGCCGGUGGAUGUGGCCAUAGAUGAGAUGAGGGCGCGGACAGCGGAGUUGAGCAAGCUCUGCUCCAGCCAGGAAGUGGACAUGAUCCAACUGCAGCUCAAACUGCAGGGCUGCGUCUCCGUGCAGGUGAAUGCAGGUCCCAUGGCCUACGCCAGAGCAUUCCUAGAUGACAGUAAAUCCAACCAGUCUGGUAACAAGAAAGUAAAAGAUCUUAAGGACAUUUUCAGGCGUUUUGUCGAGGCUUGCAGCGUGGCUCUAGACAUAAACGAGCGUCUGAUCAAAGAGGACCAGUUUGAGUACCACGAGGGCCUGAAGGCCAACUUUAAAGAAAUGGUGAAGGAGCUGUCAGACAUCAUCCACGAACAGAUCUACCAGGAAGAUAUGAUGCGCUCGCUCUUGCAAAACUCGCUGCAUGUGUUCCGUGCCAUCAGCGGGACCUCCACCGACCUGGGCUGACCCCUGUCCCACCGGCCUCCACCCGCCCUCACGUAUAUCCUCUCGCCUCAGGAUGAUAACAGGGCCCCUCCCAGUUUCACCUCAGCCCGGCCACGCUUUGCCUAAACGCACCCCGGUGAGGAUGCUGUCUGGCUGUCUUCGGCGCGUCUGCCGGAUGUGCGGGAGGCGGUCAGGGUGAAAGACGGCAGCGCAGCAGUUGGAUAUAAUAUUCAAACCACAGCAGCAGUAUUUCUGAGAAUGUAUCACAGCAACACCAACUUCAUGUCAGCACGUCAGGUUUAGAUGUUAUGCUGAGUCAUGCUAGGCUGCAUUGCACUUUUUUUCUGCCUUGGCGACGAACUGCAGGAUCGACUGUUUUUUCUUUAGAGAUAGGUAUUAGAGAUAAGCAUUUUUUCCAUCCCCUCUCUGCAUUGUUUCCCUUCAGAUCUAUGCAGGACACGGCACUCUCCAGAAUGAAUUUUUACUCCUUGAGUCGACUUUUUUUGUCAGAGCAUCUGUCCACAGUGUUUUUGUGUGUCACUAGCAGGACGAUCAAUACCCUAACUUAACCAGUGCUGUUGUAACAGACACCCAAAUCGAAAGCAACGACAUACUCUGUCAAGCCAAGGGUGAGUUUUUUAUAGGCUAGCAGUGCAUCCCAGCCAGGAUAACAGAUUGCGAUAAACAGACAGGUCACGCCUGUAGAGUAGCAGCAUUGAGCGCCGGGCCAAAGUUACUGCCCUGUUUGUUUUAUGACACAUGUGAAAUCCUCUUCAGUCUGUUCCAAAGUUACAGAAAAGAAAAAGACAGACCUCAGGGUUGUAUUCGAGCUGUGUGGUAAAGCUGCCCUGGAGAGGCGCCUGUUCAGUUCAAAAGUAGCUCGGUUACAUCGCAUAUGUAAAAAAUCUACUGGUUAUAACGGUCUGUUCUAGAUUUGUUGGCGUAAUGAAUAAUGUUUACCCAGGAAAGAAAAGAUGUUGAUCAAAAAUCGUAUCAGAGCUUUGUAAACAAUCUUGUUUUAUGGCCUGUAGACAUUGGAAGUCGAUAACGUGAUUUUUAGGGCAGGAAACACUGAUCACAGCAAUGUGAUAAUAUUUACUUCAGCGUGUGACGAGCUCCUCUCAUCUGGGUUUAGAUCCAGUGCCUUUUGUGCUCUGCCUUCUGAAAAGACUCCUUUAUCUCAAUUAAUAAGAACCAUCAGUGGUUAUUCACAGUAUUUCACAAGUGCUACACUGAAAUUAGCAAAUAGAGUAAUAAUAUUUAAGGAGAUGUACAUAAUUUGUUCUCAUGCUGUACAUUGAAAACUGUAUCCAUGUAUGUUUGUAUGUACUGUAUGUAUGUAUUUAUAUUUGUAACAUUGUGGACUCUUGUUCAGUCCAAAAUCUGUCCUAGCAGAGAGAUUUUUUUUUUUUUUCAUUUUUACUGCGUUGUAUACUGAAGUGCUGCUGCCUGUCCAACUUACUUUGUAAAGCCUUUUUCCAAUAAAACCUGGGAAAGCCACUGAGCUUGAGGACGGUAAUUGACGAAGCAAUUUCACCUGACGGU